GGAGGUCGGCCGGCGGAACUCUUGAGGGUGUGAGGCGGAAGUUGCCGACGGUCUUCCGGGAAGGGCCGAAGGGGGCUGUCCGUUGCCGUUCGACUGAGAGAGAGACACAGAGAGAGAGAGACCGCAGUGAGGGAAGCGGCGUCGUCGGCGGAGGAGGCAGCGUCGGCGACGCUCUGAGGCGGUUGCUGGGCCCCUUUCCUCUCUCCCUCUCUCCCCUUUCCUCCCUCACCCUCCGCCGGGUCCCUUCCUCCCCUUUCCCUUCUCCCUCCUUCCUCCCCAAGGCCCGGGCUCUGGGUUUAGCCGGGCCCGGGGGGGGCGCUGCGGCGGCGGUCACCGAGGAAGAAGGCUUGGAGGAGGCCCAGAGGAAGAGACAGGAGGCGCCCAGCAAGGGAAGAAGACCAGCCACGAUGAUCAAGCUUUUCUCGCUGAAGCAGCAGAAGAAGGAGGAGGAAUCCGCCGGAGGCACCAAAGGCUCCAGCAAGAAAGCCUCCGCCGCCCAGCUCCGCAUCCAGAAAGAUAUUAAUGAACUGAAUUUGCCGAAAACAUGUGAAAUAGACUUUUCAGACCAGGAUGACCUCCUCAACUUCAAGUUAGUUAUCUGCCCAGAUGAGGGCUUCUAUAAAGGUGGGAAGUUUGUUUUCAGUUUUAAGGUGGGGCAAGGCUACCCACAUGACCCACCUAAGGUCAAGUGCGAGACCAUGGUGUAUCACCCAAACAUAGACCUAGAAGGCAAUGUUUGCCUAAAUAUCCUCAGAGAGGACUGGAAGCCUGUACUAACAAUAAACUCUAUAAUUUAUGGCCUGCAGUAUCUCUUCUUGGAGCCAAACCCUGAAGAUCCCCUGAACAAAGAGGCUGCUGAAGUCCUCCAGAAUAACAGACGCCUGUUUGAGCAGAACGUCCAGCGCUCUAUGCGGGGCGGCUACAUUGGCUCCACCUACUUUGAGCGCUGCCUCAAAUAGAACUGACCGGCUCCGGGCACAAACCUGCCCUCCCCUUGCCCCUUCAUCUCCCUUCCAGCUCUCCUAAGGGACUCUGCCAACACCACUGCCUUCAGCCAUCAAAGGGGCACCGGAGUCAGGAAUUGGCAAGGGCCUCCUUCCAUCCUCUCCCCCUUCUUCGCCCCACACCUGCUCGCCUUCCUACCAUCCCUCUGCCAGCCUGGGGCCUCGGCAACUGCUGCCUCACCAGAUCCUCAUACCUCUCUCACCACUCUCCCUAUGUGUUGCUGUGGGGUGAGGUUACUGCUGCUUUACCCCACCCACUGUGUUGGGGUAGUCAUGUACCCUCCCAUGGGACUGGGUGUGUGGGACCCCACAUUGGUGCCCAUCUGCCUUUCUGGGGGUGGGGGUGGGGGGUGCUGUGGUUUUGCUGCUAAGAACAGAAGGCUCUCUCUGUGCUCUGGCAUUUUCUGCCCACAGUGCAGUGUCACCCUUCUCCUUGAGCUGCUGCAGGCCACUUGCCUAUCCUAACUUCCUCCCCUGCUGGGCACCAAGGCUUCUGAGCGUAACUAUUUAUUAUGUGGGGGAGGCUUGUGAGGGUUGGGUGAGUCUGGAAGGCUGGAGCAGGGUCCUCAGCCACCUCCACCCUGCCCCAGGCACUGUGGCUCUGGGGAGGCUGGGUCAGGCCUGGAAUUAUUCCUUUUAGAAUCAACUCACUUGUGUGUCUGGUUUUUAAGGAAAAAUAAAAAGACAACCAAAACAACCAAUGCUAAUAAUAGUAGUAAUAAAAAUGUAAGCGGGGCAGCACUGUCUCCACCAUGUCCACAUCAGGUCCUGUCCAGCAAAGAACUCUCUCUGCCUCUCCAGUGACUCCUGCAAGCUCCUGGCCAAAAUAAAGCCACUGUACUUCUAGUGUGUCGGGUUAUUAAAGGGGAAUGUUAGCGCACUCAAUUUGC